CACUGUAUUUCACUUGUUAUUUUGGCUUUGAUGUUUGAGGAGAACAAUUGUGCAUACUGAAAGAAUCUAGGUUUAGAAUCAGCUAGGGCUUAAUUUAUUGGGCCGCAUUUGAGCAGUGAUGUACAACGGUGCUUAUUCGAAGACCAACUUUGGCCUGGCUGCCAAGAAGAUACACAAAUCAAAGGGCAAGAGCUGUGGUUACUACAUGAAAACUGUCUUCUUUUUCUCCUCACUCAUCCAGUCUUUGAUCAUUGUAAGUCUAGUGCUCUUUCUGGUCUACGGACAGCCUGAGCAGACCGUGGAAGAGAAGAGGCUGCAAGAGUUAGACAAAAGUGUCAGCGAUCUCACUAUGCAAAAUCAUGUUCUCCGUGAGAAUGGAAAGAACCUCUCAAAACAACUGAAUGUCACUCUUACUGCAAAGCUGAGCAAUGACAAGAUUCUGGGUGAAUUACGCAAACUGGCAAAUACCUCAUCUGCAACAAUAAGGAUAAUGCAAAGUAGAAUGUCUCAGUGUGACAUUGAUAGAAGAAUGCCUCAAGCACCUCGCGCAUGUCCUCCAAUGUUCUGUCCAGAUCCAAAUGACAACAACAGACGUUUGCAAGCUAUGCUCCAGCAGUCAGAGGAAAUGCUAAAGCUGGUCAAAGCAAACUUUACUCAGAAAAUGGGCACUAUGAAAACUGAGUUAGAAAACUCCAACAAAGACAAGGACAGGUAUCACUUGGAAGCAAUUGGACUGAGGCGAGACAAGGCUUUCCUUCAAGAUGAGCUCAACCUGUAUGAAAAGAAAUGCAAAGAGGAUUUUGUCGCUUCUUUACAAGGAAUCCCCAAUGUCACCAAAGAAUUUCUCAAAAGGAUUGAUGACCUUUUUUCAAAACACAUUUCUUUCCAGUUAUCGUGUGAUAAACAAAAAAUUCAACUUGAAGACAUCCGUGAAAACUGUAGUAGUCUUUCAAGAGAUGUUGAGAACAAGCUCCAGUCUUAUCUGAACAUUGUAGGGAACCAGUUUACAAAAAUAAAUGGUGAAAACUCCAAAUAUGUGACAGAGAACAGACGCCUGAGAGAGGACGCUGAUUGGUGCAAUCAGAAUCGCAGUAGCAUGAUUCAGGAGAAUCGCAAGAUUCUUGAGAAGAUUCAGCUAAAGAGUGACCAAGACACUGAACGUCUUCUGCUGGAGAAUAGAAAACUACAAGGAGAGAACAAGCUGAAAGAUGACCUACUUUCAGUGAAAGAAAAAGAAAUAAAAAUGCUCAAUUACAAUGUUGAGACUCUCAAUACUUCACUUGCCAUCUGUAAGCUAAUGCGAAAUCCAUUUGUGCCAAACCCUGCUGGCUCACCAAACAUGCCAAAUGCUGGAGGACCUGGUCUGAGUUCUACAGGACUGGGCAAACCAAACAUGGGCUGGCCAGGGACUGGCUCCACUGGAUCAGGAUUUCCCAGUCUUAGUGGUGCAGGAUCAAGCGCAAGAUGGGGCAGCAUAGGAUCAGGUGUGACAGGACCAUUUAGUACAUCUCUAGGGGGGACAGGGACUCUUACGACUGGACUGGGCAACACAGGAUUAAGUGGGCCAGGAUCAAGUAGGACAGGUAUAGCCCAGACAGGAACAAGUGGUGUGGGUGGGAUAGGACCAGGAUUGACAGGAUUUGGCAGUGCUGGAUCUAGUGCAGGCGCAACUGGAAAUAUGGGAGCAAGUGGAACAGGGUCAACAGCAUUAAGCAGUGCAGGAUCAAAUGCAGUAGGGAUGGGAAAACCAGGAUUAGGAGGUACAGGUUUUGGCCCUGUGGGGUCUAACACACCUUUAUUUGGAGGAGCUCUUGGAGGAGGAAGAACAACAGCGAGUGGGACUGACAAUCAAAUGUUAAACCAAGCACAGAUAAAUCUCCAUUUAAAGGAGCUUCAUCGUUAUUCACUUCCAAAUUGACGGCAUGAACAAAGUCCUGGAAAGGUCCCGGGCUAAACCAAGGAAUACUGUAUAUAAAAACUGAUUUAAUAACUGUUUGAAAAUAGAAAAUCUAAAUGUAAUGAAGCUGCAAGUCUGGAAUAGUAUUACUAAUUAUUAACAUGAACAUUAAUAUUAAUUAUAACUUGUGAGAUGGAGUGGAUAAUAUCUUUUGCACAUUAAAAUCAUUUAUGCUUGUAUAUAUCUUCAUAAUGAUAUGAAGCUAAUGAUAAGAUGACGAACUGUAAGUUAAAGCAUUAAAAAUAAGCUUUUUAAAAAAUUAGCCUGUUAUUGUUUUUUUACAGACAGUUUUUAAGUGUCCAUGUAAGGAUUUUAUUUGUCCAUCAUAAUACUUGAAUAAACAAAAUAAAAUAAAAGUGGAAUAAGCAGAACAA